CGUACCGGAAGAAGACCUAACCUUGACAAGGAAACAAACCGCACGUGUUACCGUCCUGCAACAAAUACAUAGGAGUUACAUUUUCAUCGAUAACAAACACCGGGACUACUAUAGAGUUUUCUAUUUCCUGAUAUUGAUAGUAUUUUAUAGUAUUUCUGCUACUUUCUAUCCGCAAAACGCGAUCUCCUUUAUGCGCGAGUGACUGGAUUACCGCAUCAUUCCUGCUCUCCUUGGGCUAAGUAGCCAAGCCUAGUAGUACAUUUCCUUUCCUUUUAUUCAUACUCAGUCUCUAACUGUACAGUUGGGCUUAAUGUGGACAUCAAAGCAGUCAUGAGGAUUCCUUAUCGCUCCAUUAUCAGAGGCUGUCAGACUGUGCAGAAAUUACUACAAAGAGCUUUUCCAGUUUCACCAGUUUCAGCUCAGUGGCACCAACAGAGGCUUAUUCUGAGAUGCAUGUGCACAAAAGAGGAGAGGAAUCACUACAUCACCACCCCCAUCUUCUACGUCAAUGCUUCUCCUCAUUUAGGACAUUUGUAUUCCGCUGUGCUGGCUGACUGCCUGCACAGGUACAGGCUACUUCAGGGCUGCAACUCAAAGUUUGCCACAGGCACAGAUGAGCACGGCCUGAAGAUCCAGCAGGCUGCCGAGGCUGCAGGGAAAGAUCCCCUCAGCUUCUGCACUGAUGUGUCUGAGCGAUUCAAGCAUCUCUUCCGGAGCUGUAACGUCUCUCACACAGAUUUUAUAAGAACCACUGAGCAGAGACACCGGCGCGCUGUGGAGCAUUUCUGGUCAGUGCUUCAGAACAAAGGCCUCAUCUACAAGGGAAGUUACGAAGGCUGGUACUCCACACAAGAUGAAAGCUUCCUCACUCCGCAGCAGGUGGGCGACGCUUUGGACUCUUCUGGAAGAAAGAUCAAGGUUUCUCUGGAGAGUGGCCACAAGGUCGAGUGGAUGAAGGAGGAGAAUUUCAUGUUCCGUCUGUCUGAGUUUCGGCCUCAGCUGCGUGACUGGCUGAGAGGAAAUCCCAGGGCUGUGCAGCCUGAGCGUUUCUACCAGGCAGUUCUCCACUGGCUCCAGGAGGACCUUCCUGACCUCUCGGUGUCCCGCCAGAGAAGCCGUCUUCAGUGGGGCAUCCCGGUCCCAAAUGACCCUGAACAAACAAUCUAUGUGUGGCUGGAUGCUCUGGUUAACUACCUCACAGUAGCUGGUUAUCCAGAUAAAUACAGCCAAUGGUGGGAUGUUGCACACCACGUUGUAGGAAAGGACAUCCUUAAGUUUCAUACCAUCUAUUGGCCAGCUUUUCUUCUUGGGGCUGGAUUGCCGCUGCCACAGGUGAUACAUGUGCACUCUCACUGGACAGUCGGGGGCAAGAAGAUGUCCAAAAGUUUGGGGAAUGUUGUAGAUCCCCUUGAACGUUCACAGAGGUUCACAACUGAUGGUAUGAGGUACUUUCUUCUACGUCAGGGCGUCCCAGACUCAGACUGCGAUUACAACGAUCAGAAAUUGGUCAAGCUGCUCAACGCGGAGCUUGCAGACUCUCUGGGGGGUCUUCUGAACCGCUGCACAGCUCCCUCUCUGAACCCAGCCCAGAUCUACCCCUCCUUCUGCCCCAACUCUUUCCCCAGUGAUCAGGCUAGCAGAUUGAGGGGCAGGGCUGUUACAGAAGACUACCUCAUGCUUACUGCUGUGCAAAGUCUCCCAGCUGUUGUGGCGCAGCACUACGAGAGCCUGCAUGUGUACAAAGCUCUGGAGGCUGUCGGCAGCUGUGUGAGGCAGACAAAUGGGUUUGUUCAGCGCCAUGCACCUUGGAAGCUGGAUAGAGGAGACAGUGAUGACCAGCGCUGGUUGGACACUAUUAUUCAUGUGUCCCUUGAAUGCCUGAGGAUUUAUGGCACCCUCCUCCAGCCCGUAGUGCCAGAGAUUGCUAACAAGCUCCUGUCCAGAUUAGGGGUGCAACCAGGAGAGAGGAGUUGGGCUGCUCUCAAUUUCUUGCCCAGGUACCAGGGACAGGAUUGUCCCUUCGAAGGGAGAGCGCUGGGCUGUGACUCUGGAGUGCUUUUUAGUCGUUUGGAGAAUCCAAAUGCUGGCAAAGGAAAACCUGCAAAAACUAAAAAGGCUGCAAACCUCAUGUAAAGAAUUGUUAUACCAACUGUGCAGUGGAUGUGUUUCAGUCAAGUCACUGGAUUUUGGUGUUGAUGCCUUCUUCUGUUUUUUGAUCAAGUGCGAUAAUAAUAAAUUGGUUCCAUGUUAUGAUUAUCUGAAUGGCUCUGAAUCUGAAACACCAUGGACUUGUCAAAAAAUACUCCUUUCCAAAUACUUUGUCACAUAGGUAGUAAUAAGGUCUUAACGGGUAAAGGUGAAGGUUUAUUUUUUGCCUUUUAACAUAUCAGCUAAAAAUACCACUAGGCCACAAGAGGUUCUUCUCCCAGUUUCAUUACAAAAUUAUGGUGAAGGGUUAAUUCUGAUACACACUUGACACUUCUCUUGACAACAUUUUUACCAUACCUUAACAACUGAGUCUUUGAGGACCAGACUCCCAUAAUGGUACUGUGCCUCAAGUUACCAUAUGAAAUUUUAAAGUAAAAAAAAAGAAAAAAGAAAGUUAUGUUCUUAAAGAAAUAAUGUGCUUUAAACUCCUGCAGCAACCACAUUUUAUAAGGCUAACUGUAGACUAAAUACAUAAUUGCUGUGAAUGUAUGGGCCUAUUAUAUAUAUU